AGAAAGAAGAAGAAGAAGGAGAAGAAGAAGAAGGAGAAGAAGAAGAAGGGCUUCCCUGGUGGCGUAGUGGUUGAGAGUCCGCCUGCCGAUGCAGGGGACACGGGUUCGUGCCCUGGUCCGGGAAGAUCCCACAUGCUGCAGAGCGGCUGCGCCCGUGAGCCGUGGCCGCUGAGCCUGCGCGUCUGGAGCCUGUGCUCCGCAACGGGAGAGGCCACAACAGUGAGAGGCCCACGUACUGCAAAAAAAAAAAAAAAGAAGAAGAAGAAGAAGAAGGAGGAGAAGAAGGAGAAAAAGAAGAAGAAGAGGAAGAAGAAGAAGAAGGAGAAGAGGGAGAAGAAGGAGAAGAAGAGGAAGAGGAAGAAGAAGAAGGAGAAGGAGAAGAAGGAGAAAAAGAAGAAGAAGAGGAAGAAGAAGAAGAAGAGGAAGAGGAAGAAGAAGAAGGAGAAGGAGAAGAAGGAGAAAAAGAAGAAGAAGAGGAAGAAGAAGAAGAAGAGGAAGAGGAAGAAGAAGGAGAAGAAGGAGAAGAGAAGAAAGAGAGAUGGGGGAACAGCCAGUCGGUGGAGCAGUCAAAACACACUCAGCAUUUAUUGACUAGGUUUGCUGUCUUAGGCACCUCCAUCCCAUCCCCAGGAACCUGCCGCUCUCAUGACACCUCCUGGAUUCCCAGGCAGGUCUGCCUUCUAGACACAAUGUACCUGCUGCAGAAUGAGGCCUCUUCUUUCCCAGCAAAAUAUCCGGGAUCUGACAAACAAUGCAGAUGUAAACUAGCAUGAACGCCAGAAUUUGAGAAACGGAGCCCUGUUGGAGGAACUACAAAUUUAAUUAUAGCCAGUCUGUAUCAUA